AUGUGCCACUUUCAGGUCUCCUCACACAUGCUGUUGUAUUGAAUUUUUUGACAUAGGGUGCUGGCAGAUUACGGGCCUCCCAUAGCUGCUGCCAGGCCCCUAAUCUGCCAUGGGCCCCUAUAUAUACGGCCCUCCUCAUGCUGCUGCCAAGUCCAGAGUCUCUCAUGGGUCCCCUGUACGGCCUCCCAUUGCUGCUGUCUCCAUCGCCCACACUCUGCCAUGUGCCACUUUCAGGUCUCCUCACACUCCUGCUGGUUUCCAUUUUGUUCAUAGGUUGCUGUAUGGCCUCCCAUUGCUGCUGCCUCCCACCGCCACACUGUGGCUCCAAACACGCUGGUUUUGGCCCCGUGACUGGCCAAAUGAGUGAAAUGUGCGGUGAUUCUAAGAUCGACGGCACUCAUCUGCAUGUCAUACUG